AUGGUGGAUCCUACCUCACAGAGUGAUAUGCAUCUCGCAGCAAGCCGCGAAGAAAAAACAGCCCAUAUGGCCCAGCAUAUGGACCAGCAUAUGGAAAGGAUACAGGGCCAACACCCCGAAGUUGACUUAAAAUUGUCUUCGCAAUGGUGGAUGCCAGCCAUCGACCUUGGGGCUGAUGCUGAGGAAUCACUGGAUGCCGAUACAAACAGCAAAGUCAACAAAAUAUUGAAUAAGGCAAUGGAGAGCAAGUUUGACCCUGAAGUUAUUAAAAACGUUCGGGAGGAGUUGAAGACGAUUCUUGUGGGACAAAAGGACAUCCUGAAACGUAUUGAAGACAUCAUAUUCCCGAACGAGCAUGCUAUGGCUCAGAUGCGCCAGUAUAUCCAACAACAGGAGGAGAAGGGAAGUCAAGCCUUUCCCGCAUGCUCCGCUAAGCCGGGUUCUGGCAGCUAUCAGAAAUGA